CAGGAGUCAGGUGCUUUGCUCGAGUAUAAGUAUCCUGUUGGAAUCCCACGACAGGAGGCAAAAAAGAGUCUUCCUACCCAUCUUCAGCAUCUUCAGUCUCAUUCACUUCGCCUCUGUGCUCUGGUAGCCAGUCCUUCUUUCCAAAACCACACUUCCAUCUUCGCUUCACUUUUCUACACUACCAGUUCAAUCUACGCUUCGACAGCAACGACCCACGCCCUUUUAAUCAUCAAGAUCACCAACCCAGGCUCCAGCUUACCACACCGAAGUCAAAAUGAAGACCACCGCCUCCGCUCUCUUCCUCUCCGCGCUGUCGCUCUACGCGACCGCCGUCUCCGCUCACGGCCGCCUCGUCAAGCCCGCCGGCCUCCCCAACAGCGGUCCCCUCAAGGACAUCCGCGUCGCGGCCAACAACUGCGGUGAGGGCGUCACCAUCGCGGGCAACGCCGUCGCCACCUUCAAGGCCGGCUCCACCCAGGAGGUCACCUGGGUCGUCGACAACGGCGACGGCGCCGGUCCCCUGGCUGUCUCUUUCGACCCCACUGGCAAGGGCACCGCCUUCACGGUCCCCGCCGUCAUGGUCAAGCAGCUCGAGGGCCAGAACGGCGGCGUGCCCAACAGCUUCCCCCGUGGCAACCACGUCGUCAGCUUCAAGGUGCCCACCACCACUUGCAACAAGUGCGUCAUGCAGAUUCGCCAGAACAUCAAGGGCAACAACGGCUUCGGAUCUUGCGCGGUUGUCAGCAUUGUUUAAGGGGGGCCAAGGAAGUGGUCAGGCUGUGUCUGUGCGAUCAUGCAGCGGUCAGCGAUGAUAUCUUGGGCCGGUCGCUCGCUUGGAAGAAGCGAAUGGCCAGUGUAGGAAUAGGUAGCAAGAUAAUAUAUUGACUGCAAGACUGUA